UGCGAAAGGUAGAAGAUAUGAUUGUUUGCGAAAGGUGACGCGAACAAAGCGAAAGUAAAAGUGUUUUCGAAUCUAUUUAGGCGGAAAAAGGCAUGAACUUAGUACUAAGCGACGCUUCGUCAGAGAACGUCCCGUGACAUUGCUAAGACCGGGGGCUUUUCCCUUUUCACUAUGAUAUCGUGUAUAAAUGUUCAGCGCUAGUCGGGCAGCUGUAUUUACUAUUAACAAUGGACAAGGUUGAAGAGACGCGCUGUCUAGAAAUUACACAAGUGUUUGGCAGUUCAGCGGUGACUGAUGAAAAGAAACUUGUGCUAACUGAGGAGGAUCUGAACACAAUAUUCAGUUUGCUGGAUCAACUCAAUGAAUCCCAACAGCUAUUGCCAAAUGUUCUGACACCAUUACUUCAGCGUCACAAAGUUGAUGUCGACAUUGUAAAUUUGCUGCAAUUUCCAGAACUAAGAAGAUCUUUCAUAAAAAGGGAUACAGAUGCAGGAAUCUUGAAAGAUGACCUCCAGCAAUUCCGAAUGUUUCAGGUGGCAAUGAGACUGGUGACUAAGAGUGUGGAUGAGAGGAGAAUGGAACUGAGUGACAAGGUGUACUCACUGCUAAUUGAUUUGGCAAGCAUAAUCUGGAGAGUGCUGAGAGAAAGCGACAUUUUGCCUCCGGAGCCACCACGAUCAGAACAUCUGGAGGACGAACUCAACAAAACAACCAGAGAAUUUCUGGAAGUUUUUGGUGAGCACAACAGAGAAAAUGUAUUGACUGCAGAUAUGACAAUUGAAGACGAUUUCACUGACAACAGAAGCGCUGACUUGAGAGCGAUUUAUGACGUCAGAAAUUACGUCAUUGUCCAAGGCCUUGGUUCAUUCUUGUUGUUGAACUUCCAAAGAGAUUUGGGUCAUCUGACUGAAUGAAAUCCUACUGAUUAAAAGCACUAAAGAUGGUCCACAAGUGAAACAGAACCAGAGACAGAGAGAAUAAAGGCUUUAUUAAACGCUUGUCUUAAGCUAAUUUAAGCAAUAUAGGUAUCUAAAGGUGUAGUCUCUAGAAAUACUUAAAUCUUGGCUUGUUGUAAUAUAUUCAAUAUAGAGUUAUCAUGAGGUAUUUAUUAAAGUGUACAGUAAGAAAAGUAUCCCUGAUAACACACAUAAAUACAUACAGAGAUCACGAUAUUCAGAGCCUUACACUGUACCCACUAAGAGAAAGAUUUACGUGACUAUAAAUGCUCUAGUAAUAUUAAUAAUAUCAAAUAAAGAUUGUAUUGUUUUCUUAA